AUGUUUACUGGCAUCUCUUUGUAUUUAGGUAUUGGGCAGGAGAAUAGCAGCCAUCUAUUCCGAUGCAAGCUGUGCCAAACUCUAACUCCCUAUCAUUUUCUCUGUCUAUCUUGCCUCAUUCUUUUUUCUCUCUCUUCUUUCCACUGUUUCUUUUUCCUCUCAAUCUCUCUCUCUUUCUCUCUCUCUUUCUACCACAAUGUAUAUCUCUGUAGUCAUUUCUCUUUAACUUUAUCCCCACCUCAAAUUUCUUUAUUCUCUUUUUCUCCCUCCUUUUCUUUUGUCACUUUAUCUGUUCUUCACUUUCACACUCUUUCUUUAUACUUUUCUCUCUCUCUCACUGGCUUCUCACCCUCUUUCUGUUUAUUUAACAUAUCUGUCAAUUACUGUCCCCCUCUCUCUCCCAUUAUUUUUCUUGUCUUUCUAUAUCUUUUACUUUUUCUCUUUAUCUUUUACUCUCUCUCCACUGUCUUCCUUCUUUUUUUUUUUUGCACUUCUAUCUCCACUUUCUUGUUCUCUUUUUCCUUUUCUUUGUCAUUUCUUGUUUUAUCCUGUCUUUUUUUUUUAUCCUCUCCUUUCACUCCCCAAUCUUUUUUCCUCAUCUUUCAUCUCACUCAUUUUCUCUGA